GGACUACGUCACUACGCACAAACGCAACCGCAGACAGGAAUUUUUUCUGAAGGAAAAGUGAGAUAGACGAACUAGAUGAAGCUAAUGGCGAGCUCACUGAUCCACGUGCGGCCGCUAGCGUCCGCCGCCGCUUCAUCUUUCCUCCGCACUUCCCGUCUGGUACCUCAGCCGCCGGACCUCAUAAAGUGGGUCCGUCGAGAAGGCGGGUUUGUGCACCAGUCAGUAAAGAUAGCAUUUUUGGAGGAGGAGAAGCCCAACGGGCUCGGGCUCGGGCUCGUUGCCUCUGAGGAUAUCAAAAAGGGAUCCGACCUCAUUGUUCUUCCCGACCACAUUCCUCUCAGAUUCGAAGCAAAAUAUGCCGAAUCCUCUGCUCUUACUGACUUAGCUCGAUAUGUUCCCGAGGAACUGUGGGCUAUGAAAUUGGGUUUGAGGCUUCUGCAAGAAAGAGCAAAAAAGGGUUCCUUUUGGUGGCCAUACAUCAGCAAUCUCCCCGAAACUCAUAGCGUGCCCAUUUUCUUCCCCGGGGAGGAUAUCAAGAACUUACAGUAUGCACCUCUCCUUCAACAGGUGAAUAAGAGGUGCCGCUUUCUUCUUGAAUUCGAUAAAUUGGUAAAAGAUGCACUUGAAAAUGUCGAAUUGGAUGACCACCCUUUUGGAGGGCAAGAGAUAGAUGCAUCAGCACUUGGAUGGGCGAUGUCGGCUGUUUCAUCUAGAGCUUUCCGUUUGUAUGGCAGCAAGCGUCCAGAUGGGACCCGUGACGAUGCUCCUAUGUUGCUUCCGCUAAUAGACAUGUGCAACCACAGCUUCGAGGCGAAUGCUAAAAUAAUACAAGAAAAAGAAGCAAGCAAGGAGAACAUGCUCGUAAAGGUGAUUGCUGGGGCACAGAUUAAACAAAAUGAACCCCUAGAGCUCAAUUAUGGCUGCUUGAAUAAUGAUUUGUUUCUUCUUGAUUAUGGGUUUGUCAUCCCCUCGAACCCGUAUGAUUGUAUUGAACUCAAAUACGACCCAGCACUUCUCGAUGCUGCAAGCAUGGCUGCUGGAGUUUCAUCCCCGAAUUUCUCUUCACCAACGCCAUGGCAGCAACAACUUCUUUGCCAACUAAAACUAGAUGGCGAGAAUCCCGAUCAUAAGGUGAGGAUCGGAGGAUCAGAGCUGGUAGAGGGGAGGCUGCUGGGCGCGUUGAGAGUUCUCCUCUGCAACGACAGAGCAGCAGUAGAAACUGGUGAUGUAAACACGCUGAAAUCUGCGAGGGCGCAGGCUCCUCUAGGAAUAGCAAACGAGGCAGCUGCAUUUCGCACCAUAAUCGCUCUCUGUGUAAUCGCUCUGCAGCAUUUCCCCACCAAGAUCAUGGAAGACGAACCCCUGCUCCAACAGAACGUCUCCGCCACAACAGAGCUAGCCGUCCGCUACAGAAUCCAGAAGAAGUCCCUCAUCAUUGAUGCCAUGCGGAAUUUCACCAACAAACUGAGGCAUCUUUCGUCGCAGGAAUCCGUCGUCUCUCAAUACUAAUCGGACAAUAACAAUCUCAUUUCGUGUCCCCUUUUUUGGUAGCGUCAAUUGUAUGUACGGACUUUUGCAAUACAAAAAGAGGCCUCAGUGAAUGUUAUUACAUCAUUGUGCCUCAUCGCAUUUACAGCCAAACUAGUGGAAUGAAAUAACCUUUUAUAUGAAAGGUAAUCUGAUUACCUUAAAA